AUGGCGAAAACACAAGCGCGGCAAGGGCAGCGGAACGCGGGGACCGACACAGCGCAGGGUCUUGGUCAAACUGUCGCUCCAGCGGCGGAGCCCGAACCGAACGAUGCUCGAGAAGCACCAGCUCCGCAGCUGGAGACUUCUUUAUAUGAUAACGACUGGACCCAUCGAACACAUGCACUCGAUGUGUUACGGUGGCUUGGAUUUGGUGACUCUGUUGAGGCGCGCAGGCUCCGACGGUCGUUUGUUGCGCGGAAGCGUUCGCACUCGCCGGGUCAGCAGCGAGCCGGCGCACCGCCUUCGGGCCAGAAUCGUUUUGACGGUCACCGUCGGAGUGCCGAGGACUCUACCUUUGCAGAUCUUGAGAACGCUCGCGACGCUGGCGCCGAAAGUUCGCCGCACUGUGUGCGAUGUGGCACGGAGUAUCACGGUGAGGUGAUCGUGCGCGACGUUACGUUCUGCGUGCCGAAGCGAGGCACGGGCUUCCUUCAUCUUGGCUUCUGUGGCGCUGAGGUGGCGCCUUUGCUCGAGCACGUCUACGCGUACUUUCCACCGGGCAAGCUGUCCGGCAUUAUGGGCCCUUCGGGUUCAGGGAAAACUACGCUCCUAAAUCAGAUCGGGGGACGCAUCCGUACCCUGGGAGCGACCGUCGCCGGGGAGAUUCUCAUUGACGCACAUCAAAGGCCGAAAAAGGCAAAACGCUUCGUCGGCUACUGUGAACAGAACGACGUCCUGCCCGGUGACUUAACCGUCCGAGAGGCGCUCUGGUACGCUGCCCAGUUGAAACUACCGGAGCACUUAUCGGACGAGGAGCGUUGGCGACGCGUAGAAGAGGUAAUUGAAAUUCUGAGUCUCGAGAAAAUAGCGGAUCAGCGCAUCGGCGCUGAUAACGAUCGACAAAUCAGUGGCGGUCAGGCGAAGCGGGUCAGCAUCGCACUGGAAGUCAUUGGCGAUCCCCCAAUAUUCCUUGCUGACGAGCCAACGAGUGGGCAGGAUACGCGCACCGCUUACUCUGUAUGCCAAGCUUUACAGAAUGUGGCACACAUCGGAGGCCAAACGGUCAUUGCGACGAUUCACCAGCCCUCGGUGGAUGCCUGGGCCCUCUUCGAUAAUUUGGUGAUCCUGGCGGCAGGUCGGGUGCUGUACAGUGGACGCGCGCAGCGUUUCCGCGACUACCUUAUGCGAAUAGAAUUCCCGAUUCCGGACAACCUCCAUAUAGCUCUACCUGACUACUUUAUUGCCGUUGGUGUCAAGGCCGAAAAGAAGGAGCAUCGCCUGAAAGGCAAAGGAGCAAGGAACUUUGAUGACGAACAGGAGGACGAGGAUCAGGACUUCGAAGGUGAUGGUAACGACAACACCGUACAAGGCAAUUUUGCUGAAAUGAACAUAACGGCCCACAAAAGAUCCACUCGCGGUCAGCGUCGUGCGAAAACCUGGAUAUCGGGGCUCACGCUUCCCUUUGCUGCACAGGAGUCAAGUCUGCGGUCCAGACGAAUGACACGUGAGCGCAGUUGUACAGCAUCAAACAUGGACAACAUUGCCGAGGUAGCUCGCCGCACCUUCGAGCAGCGUCAAUUGUCCCAUUAUUCCGCAGUGAACGCUAGUCUGCCAGAGGAACACGAGCGAGCCAUCAGGCAACGCACUGAUGGCGACGACGCCCUCGUCGAGUCGAUACUCGAGCGGCAGCGCUCUCAGUCACCAAUGAUGACAUUUCGCCGCACCCCACAGGAAUGGCGUGAGAUCUGGGAGCAGACUACCGAAUACAAACGCCUUCGCUAUGUUGCUGAGAGCCGCGCGAAAUGCCUCGGGGAGUGCGGACUGCCGUACGCGUUCGGUGAACCGACGUACAUCACGAGCUGGUGGCGACAAUUCCGGACGCUAACGGUACGCGCGUUUCAAGGCGAGGCGACGUCGCCACGUUUUCUCGCUUAUCGCCUCAUCCUGGUGAUCCUCGUGAAUCCCGCAGGUCUGGCUACGAUUUUUUGGCCUGCUCUGCGGCAUCAUUCGUCGUUGGCUCAGAACACUGCAGCAGCAUCCUUUGUCGUGGCUGUCGCCAGUUGCAUGGCGAUUAUGCGCACCUCCGUCGCGUUUUUGGAAGGGCGUGCGCUCAUGUAUCGUGAACGCUCUAGCGGUGCGUAUCGCUCCUCCGCGCAUUACCUGUCGACAAUCGCCAUGGAGGCACCGUUCAACGUAUUAACCGCGAUUGUUUUCUCCAUUCUGGACUACUGGGCAUUUGGUUACCGCAAGAACGUCGGAGCGUUCUUUUUCUUCCUUUUCAUCGUAUACUUGAGCAAUGCUUGUGCAGUGGGUAUUGGACAGGGCCUGGCAGCGAUUGCCCCGGACAUAACGUUCGCAUCGUCCUUUGCACCGGUUGUCUACAUGACGUUUGCGGUUCUCGCGGGCUAUCUGCUGCCACAGAGCCUCAUCCCAAUUUACUGGAAAGUUCUUCUGUACUACGCGAAUCCGAUCAGCUGGGCGUUUCGAGCGAUCCUUCUGAAUGAGUGGCAGCCGUACCUGGACGGAGCAACGCCGCCACCCUACUUAGACUAUCGUUCGGAACUGCGAACGCUUGGUUUGGAAAAUCAGAGCAGAUGGACAAGUGUCUACGUGUUGGUGGGCAUUUAUGCCGGCGCACGGCUCGUGACCUACGUCUUUCAGCGUUUCCUGAAAUACGCCCAUAACUAG